UCUGAAAAUUGUGAUCGAGGAAUUUUUUUUAUACGCAUUUCUUUGUUCGGAGAUGGUGAAACGCUGACGAAAUGGUCAUCUGACAAGCAAUCUUCAUAUUUGUUAGGAAAAUCAGAUCAUUUAAACAUGUAAAAGAUGCUGUCGUUCAUAUUUACGACACUUCAAUUCAUUUUCAUUUUAUGGGAAAGAACCGCUCUGUGCGUUCCACAAGAUGAACUAGUCGCACGGCGUUCAACAAUUUUUGACAAUCAAGUCCUUCAAAAGGUUAAAACAUUAUUUACAAGGGAUUUUCAAUCUCACGGAGAAUAUGGUGACCAAACAGGACAGAAAAAGUCAAGCAUAGCCAAAGCUGAAAGCGCACUCCACGUAAAAAUAGACCCUUUACAAUUUGGAGAAGCUUUGUUCAAACAAGCCAAUCAAAAUGCAGGAAGAAGGUCUGAUAUCUACAUGAGCAAUGCGAUCGACGCGAAAGCGUUAGGCAUCGCCGUGCUGAAGCUCAUUUUUGGAAAAGACGCUAGAAUGGUGAUGAAAGACGCGAAAAUAGACGAGGAUCAAGGCAAGGCGAAGAUGCAAGAUGACCCAUCAAAAGCAACGUCGUCUACGUCACAAAAAAUGGAGAUAGCGGAGAAGAAAUCUUUAGAAAAACAUAAUCACUAUGGAGGGGAGCGCGAAAAAAACAUGAAGCGUUUGAUAUCGCUGAUAAAAGAAAGUCAUAAAAAUACAGAGCAAGGUGUGAAGAAAUCAUGGGUCCUGUUGAAGAUUCCAUCAAAGCAACCAAGAGACGAGCUUGGAAUGCUCACGGAUCCAAGUGCCACGGCAGAGGACGGAAGUAACGAUGACCAUAGCUCUGACGGCAAAACCGUAAGCGCUAGGAAAAAUACCGACACUAAAGACAAGAGAGUUCGUGGUUCCAAUAAAGGAUGGCACAACACGGAUGAUAAUGAAAGAUUGAUGACUGAUGUACAAAAGAAAGUCAAACAUCUUGCACAGCUAAUCAGGAAAGAAAACGAAGAGGAAGACAAGAGCAGGAAGACUGAGGCGACUCAACAAGGCAAUGGAGCUUCGUUCCCAGGAACAGAGCGAGUGACAUCGAAAGCGCGAAAGAUUGAGCGAAUAAAGGAACUCAAAACUCCUAAAACGGAUGCAAAAAGCUAUGAAAACAGCGUGAAAAACCUACUCAGUGCUUUAAAGUCAAGUGUACAAACACAUAAGUUGAAACACGACUCGUACAAAGGAAAGAGAGGAAAGGACGGCAACAAGCAAACAGAGAAAACGCAUUCAAAUUUUCGCUUAAUUCCUUCAAAGAGAAAAGAGGAACAUGCUUCGAGCAAAGAUUUCGUUAAUGUAGGAAACGGCAACCCAGGUGGAUCUAUCAUUUCCAUGAAUUCUUUACGUCAACUUGGUCAACUGCUGGGACUAUCUCCACCACACAAAGAUAUAAUCUCACCAUACACUGGUGGCCUGGACACUCUCACAUUGGCAUCACCAAUGCUCAAUGCGAGAACGGAAGCGCUGGCAAAACCUAUUGCAUCUCUUUUACCAGCCAAAACACCCUCAACCGCUGCCCAAAACACAGGACAAGAGAGCAGUUCGAGCAAAAUAACCGAACAGUUGAAAAAGUUUGCGGAAAGAGGAUUGCAAAGUCACAACGACUACCGGUACAUUCAUCACGCGGAACCUUUGAACUGGGAUGAAGAUUUAGCGUCAUCAGCGGAGAAACUCGCGUAUCAAGGAGCAAAGAAGGGUUUCAUACGACGUUCGGAGCUAGUGGAGAAAAAUGGCUACGGCGAAAAUGUAGUGAAACUGUCGAAUACCGCUUUAGAAAAGGCAGGAGAGGAGGCGACUAGACGUUGGUAUGAAGAAAAACAGAACUUUACGUUCUCAGAUCCUGUUAUCAGCGAAGGUACUAAAUCUUUCACUCAACUGAUCUGGAAAGAGACCCGACGUCUUGGGAUGGGAGUUGCUAAAGACGACGAUACCGGUGAACUUUACAUAGUUGCGCUGUACAGUCCAAAAGGUAACGAGUUGGCGACAUUGAGAGAGAAUUUGGUCGCAGAUGGUGAGAAAAAAAACGAUGUGUACGCAAGUAUAUUUAAAAAGAGCGCAACGCAAAGACAUCCAUAUGCAACGACGAAGAUGAUGAUGAGAAAAAUACAGCUCCUAUUUUUAUUGUAUUUAUAUCUACCACCAACGAUAAACGGAAAAGCAAGUUAUUUUAAAGAGAGGAAUGGAAAAACUGUUCAUCUCACGAGUAUUGGCGAUCUCAGUUCAAAAGACAUCAUACAGAUGGCCGACGAUAUAGCAGCAGACAAGAAAAUCCUGAUAUCAGAUCCAAACAAGGACAAUAGCGAAAGAGAGCGAGAAGAGUUUCCGCAAACUUCCGACGAAGGAGAAAAGAAAUUUGUUGACUUUCUAAAAAGCGAAUACAACGGCGAUUUUCCUGAGUACCUGAAGGAAACCAAAGCCGACUUUGACAGGAAUGAACAGCUUGAGGAUAAUCUUGAGUCUGAACAAGAGACUGCGUAUGCUAUGAAUUCGGACAACAUUCCCAAAUCAAAAAAUGAUCAGCUUGAUACAUACAUCAUACCACAGGACAGUUAUAACACUUUCCAGGAAAACAAACUAGAUCCGUUUGAAGAGGAUGAAAAUGCCUUGAAUAAAGAAAAAAUGAAGAUGUUCGAAGAGACUGCGGGAUCACAGCAAGACACGCCAUACUCCAAUGGUGACAAGGAGUUAAAGUUAAAACAAAACGAGAAUAUGUUGAAUAAUGAUUUAGGGACGACUAAGGAUAAUAAAGGACACACGACUACUUAUGAUAACGACAAUGAUUUAAAUGAGGGGGUCGCUAAAGACAACGAGCACGUGGAUGAUUCGCCUAAUCAUGUGACUGACGACGUCAUGAGCGAUAGCAAUUCGCCCGAAAACAUGGCUGAAGAAGUUGACACUGAAAAUGAAAACACUAAUAACAGUGAAGAAAAUGCGAUUGAGGAUGAACUAUUUGAUACAGAGGAUGUACUGAAGCCGGAUGAAAAGGAGAAAAAUAAAGAGAAGAAAAAACAUGAAGAAAGGAAAAACGAGGAAAACAAACAUCAAUCGCAAGGAAUCCUGGAAGCUUUUGACAACAUAAAAGUGCAUGAUCAUGGGGUGAAAAAAAAGACGAAAAGUGCACGCGGGAGAUCUCGACAGCGUGUCAGCGGGAAUCCUUUACAUACAGCAAGUACAAAUAAUGGAAACGACGAGGCCAUCUUGGAUUUCCUUGACACGCUUCUUGACAAAGAUCCCAAAAGACUGAAGGACGAUGUCUUGGCGAUGACGAAAGAGCUACAAAACCAAGAUAACCUAAAGAUGUUGGAAUCAUCAAAAACGUCACGUGACAACGAAGACGUCGGAGUGAAGGAAUAUAAUGAUCGAGGCUUUGAUGAAAUUCACGAAGAAAACGUCCAAGAAAACGAUAACGUAGAUGAAACGACGGAGGACUUCGAUUAUAAAGAGUUCAAGGAAGAAGCUUUGAAAAUGCACAACGAAUACAGACGACGACACAACGCAGAUGCCAUAACAUGGUCUGAAUCGCUGGCUAAAAAGGCGAAAAGAAUUGCCCAAGCUUUACUGCACUCAACAAGACAAAGCUUUAGGCGUGAGCUGAAAAAACCAGGCGAAAGCAUUGCAGUUUUACCUUAUUCAACUAAGAACAUCGCCAAGCGUGCUAUUGAUCAAUGGUACGACGAGAUACUAAAGUUCAGUUUUCGAAAUCCUACGGUAGAACCAGAGACGAAGGAUUUCACACAGAUUAUCUGGAAAGGAAGUAAAGAAUUGGGAAUGGGUUUCGCUCACACUAAAGACAGAAAGAAAACGCUAGUGAUCGCCAUGUAUAAUCCACCGGGAAAUGAUGUCGGAACAAUACCACAGAACUUAAAUACAUUUCAUCAACACGAUCCUUACGCGGACAUUUAGAAAAAAGAAUCUUUUUCAGGUAAAUUCAAAAUCGUAUGUUGGAUUUGUCACAUCGAAAGCCAAACCCACAUAGAUUCUUGGUAAGCAAAGCCCAAAAGCUAAGGGAAGGUUUUCUAAACGCUUUGGACUCUCGUGAUGAUUGAUCAUCGUUCACAAGGCAAAAAUUCAUGGCGAUUUACCUUCAAGACUGUCCACGUGAAUGAAUAUCCACGUGACAAAUCGUGAGGCCAGCUCAUCUUUUUUAAUGCAAUUCGGAAGCAUGUCAUUUAAAAACGUUGGCUCUUUCUAGAAGAUCCACUAGAAUUAGAGACAGCGUAUUUCGCAAGGGGUUUUGGGAGGUCAAUUUGUAGUUAAAAAGCCUCUGUUUAGUUAUUUCCGCGCAGAGGCUUUGGAAGCUUUCAAAAGUUGUGGGUGUUCCAUGUUCGCAAUUUGAUAAUGCGAGAAACUUAGAAUAGUAAUAAAACUGCUUCAUAUUAGUUA